UGCUCCUUCGGACCUCCUUCCCCGCCCCUUCGGACUCGGCCAUGCUGCCCAACACAGGGAAGUUGAGAGGAUGCACUCUUUUUAUCACGGGUGCGAGCCGCGGCAUUGGAAAAGCAAUCGCCUUGAAGGCAGCAAAGGAUGGAGCGAACAUUGUGAUAGCUGCCAAGACGGGAGUGCCGCAUCGCACGCUCCCAGGAACCAUCUACACCGCUGCGGAAGAAAUUGAAGCAGCUGGAGGAAAGGCAUUACCGUGUAUUGUCAAUGUAAGAGAAGAAGAGCAAAUAAUUGAAGCUGUAAAUAAGGCUGUUCAGACAUAUGGAGGUAUCGAUGUUCUUGUGAACAACGCAAGUGCUAUCUCCUUGACUGGCACACUGGAAACGCCUACGAAGAAAGUGGACCUCAUGAUGAGUGCCAACACGAGAGGGACCUAUCUUACGUCUAAAAUAUGCCUUCCUUACUUGAGGAAGAGUAAAAUUGGUCAUAUUCUUAAUAUCAGCCCACCAAUAAACAUGAAUCCUGUCUGGUUCAGAAAUCACUGUGCCUAUACCAUUUCUAAAUACGGAAUGUCCAUGUGUGUGCUUGGAAUGGCUGAAGAAUUUAGAGGAGAAGUCGCAGUUAAUGCGUUGUGGCCUCAAACAGCGAUAUACACUUCUGCUAUGGAUAUGCUGGGAGGAGCUGGUGUGGAGAAGCAGUGUAGAAAAACGGACAUUCUUGCAGAUGCUGCAUAUUGCAUUUUAACAAAGCCUAAAAGCUUCACCGGGAAUUUUGUUAUCGAUGAAAAUUUGCUGAGAGAAGAAGGAAUUAAGAAUUUUGAUGUCUAUGCAGUUGCACCAGGUCACCCUUUGCUACCAGAUUUCUUUUUAGAUGUAGAUCCUGAAACGCUAGCGAUGAAAAUGGAAGCGCAUGGGGCUACUCCAGCAUUCAGAGAAGGAAAGAAGCCAGACAUGGCCAAGCACGAAGGUCCCGACAAAACCAAACCCGAAGGUCCUGAAAGAGGAAAGCAUCACGUGCACUUUGCAGCCAAGAGUUCAGGGGGGCCUGUGGUGGAAACGUUUAAAAUUAUAAAAGGAGCCAUCAACGAAGAAGUUGUAAAGUCGGUCCAAGGCGUUUAUCAGUUCGAAUUAACUGGUGAAGAAGGAGGAACGUGGUACAUUGACCUGAAAAACAAAGGGGGCAGUGCAGGAAGCGGAGAGCCACCUGGGAAAGUCGAUGUGAUCAUGAGCAUGUCCAGCAGUGACUUUGUGAAAAUGUUUUCAGGCAAACUAAAGCCAACCAUGGCUUUCAUGUCUGGAAAGCUGACCAUCAAGGGUGACAUGGCCUUAGCAAUCAAGCUGGAGAAACUGAUGGGCCAGUUCAACGCCAAACUGUGAUAACAUUAAAAUGGAAGGGGGUUGGUUUCAUGUGUCGCGUUGACCUUUCAAUAAACGUGCAACAGUUUGCUGUGGAAGGCGCUGAUGUUUGCUUUUGUCUAAUGCAUUAUGAUUUAAUUCCUAAUUUCCCUGAU